UUGGAAAUCCUUGAAACGCACAAUGGUUUAUGUGCANUCGGUGACGAAGUCAGUCAAGGACAGAUUUCGGCAGAAGAACUGGAAGCAGCAGAAAAGGUUCUCGUCCAACAGAUACAAAGGCAGCAUUACGGGGCUGACAUAAGGAAGCUCACGAACGGAAUUCCGCUUUGCAAGGAAUCGGCUAUUAGAACGCUGGAUCCCGUAUGGGACCAGUCCAUACUUCGCGUGGGCGGAAGAUUGGGUGGUCACGUUGGUGACAUUCCCAAAAACCCAGCUAUACUACCCCCGAAUCAUCAGGCGACCAAGUUGUACUUGAAAGAACUACACGAGCAGAAUUGUCAUGCAGGAGCCAUACAGUGUCUGGUGGAG